AUGAAGGGCCGCCCCGUUGAGGAGCUAGUCUACGAGUACUUGUUCCCCCGACCACGACAGUCGGAUCCGCAGAACUGGAACUCCUUCCUGCAGCGCUGCCUGAUCCAAGAGGUGCGCAACGAGACGCACUCCUUCUAUGGCCACAUCGACAGCCUCGAGGCCAAGUACCCCGGCCUCGACUACACUCAUCCCGUGCACCGCAUCCGCCUGAGCCGCUGGCCCUGGCAUCGCCGGCUGUUCCGCGCCUUCGACGCUCUGCGCCUAACGCCUGCCGAGAUCCAAGGCCUCGCCCACUGGGAGGGCACCAAAUGGGCGAAAGAGCGCUACGAGGCCGAUCACAACGUCAUCAUCCGCGAUACCACCGCAGACGGUUUCCCCAACUACGUCAACCCGGACGAUCCCUACUCCGCGCAGUCCAUUGCCCGGCGUCGGGCCCAGCGCCAGGCGGCUCGUGAGCACCACCGCCAUCAGCACGACGAGGCCGCUACGGAAGAAAAUCCCGAUGAGAACGAGGAAGACGAGGACGAGGAGUCGCAGAGCGACGAGGACGAGAACGAGGCUGCUGCUUCCUCCAUGCGUCUGAUUCAAGAACAGAUACGCCUUCAGCAGCAGCAAGCUCAGCAAGCCCUCCUUCGGUCCCAGCCGCAGCAGUCCCAACACGCCCCGACGACGACCACGACGACAGCAACCCUACACCACCUGCUCAUCGAUCCGUCCAUCCCGCUCGACGAGGCCUGGGAGACCUGGCUCAAGAAUGCCAUCGAAAACGGCGAACUUUCGCACGUCACCGACCAGAUCGCACGCUACACCGGCACGACGCCGCACACCACAACGCUGACGAUCGACGACAUUUUCCCUUCGCGAGUGAUGGCAGCCGCUCGCGCCGGCCGCUGGGACGAGAUCCCACCCACGCUGCACGGCAUGAUCCGCAGCGCGCUCGAGACGGCCGACAGGAGUAGGAGUGGCAAUGGUGGGAGCAGCAGGCCGCCCGUGCAGUGGACUGCCGUGAGAUUUACCACGACGGCGGCGCCGCCUCAGUGGGAGCAGGGGCGUCGUCAUUGA